UCCCUCCAAUUAAUUUACAGUUGCUACUCCCACUCCUCAUCACUUCAAAACCCCAACCAAACAUGUCGCUUAACCCCUCCACCUCCACCACCAACAUUAACUACUCUCCACACUGCGACGACGACGCCGCAUCGGCAUCGGCCUCGGCAUCGGCAUUGUACGCGACGGUGUCGUCCGCGCCCCCGAAGCGGCGCGCCGGGAGGACGAAAUUCCGCGAGACGCGGCACCCGGUUUACAAAGGCGUGCGGCAGCGGGGCGGCGAACGGUGGGUCUGCGAGGUGCGCGAGCCCAACAACGGCCCCGGCGGCGGUGCCCGCAGCAAUGCGCGAAUUUGGCUCGGGACGUUCCCGACAGCCGAGAUGGCGGCGCGCGCGCACGACGUGGCGGCGCUGGCCCUCCGCGGCCGCGCCGCCUGCCUCAACUUCGCCGACUCCCCCCGCGUCCUCCGCCUCCCCGAAAGCCGCGACCCCCGCGACAUUCGCAAGGCCGCCGCCGCCGCCGCCGAGGCGUUCCGCCCCCCGCUGCCGACGCCCUCUGCCUGCGGUGACUCCGGUAACGGCAAUGCGGCGGCCGCGGCCAGGGCGGAGAUCGAAUAUUCGUCGUACGCGGCCGACGACGGGCUGUGCGACUACGGAAUGUACGUCGACAUGGCGCGGGGGAUGCUGAUCGAUCCCCCCGCGAUGUGGGGGAGCGGCCGCGAGGACGAGAGCGGCGAGGACGUCGCGCUGUGGAGCCACUCCAUUUGAAAAGGGCACGCCAAUCGCAUGCACUUUUCGUUCAUUGUACAGUUUCCGAACUUACAUGCUAUGUAUGCACCGUCCUGCAUACAAUAUAAAACCAAUCAACCUUAGCUUAGGUAGACUAAUAGAAUGCCAUACUUGAAGUUGCAGUUUCAUUCUAUUCCGCUGCCCGAGUUCUAUCUAAAAACCAGUAGAAACUGUUUUUGGAGUAAAAAAUAAGAAGGAUGAGUAAUGAAUUAUAAAAAUUAAACAGAAAAACAAGAAAACCGUAAAAUGAUUGGCUUUUGGAACGGUUGCACUAAUUUUCUUUUUUUUUCUUUUUUUUUUUUUGGCUUUUCAAGGCAUAAAGCUGUAAUGAUAUUUGGAUAUGAGAAAAAAACUUUGUUGUUGUGUUUGUA